UUUAGUCCCAUUGUGGUGUGUGAGCAGACACUGUCGGGGGAGGGGAGUAUUCUGGAGUACCCUGUGAUGGGGGCACAGAUUGGAAACACGAGGGGAUUUUUCUCUGCUAGUUGCUAUGAAGAGCUCCUUGUAGAGCUCCUGGAGGUUGUAAAUGCCUUGCAGGCAGGGCCCUGCAUUAUCCGUAUUGGCAUCUCCCAUUUGGAGAACAAGUCAGGUGUGGUCUUGCCUGAAGGAGCUGCAGAGGAAUCUGUCCUUCACCAGCCCCGAAUGCCCAGCCCCCAAGGCUGUGUGACUGUUACAGCCGGGGGGAGGAUGUUUCCUGCCAUGAGAGUGAAAAUCACUGGCCUGGACCCACACCAGCAGUAUUACAUAGCAAUGGACAUUGUGCCUGUGGACAAUAAAAGAUACAGAUAUGUGUACCACAGCUCCAAGUGGAUGGUGGCUGGCAACGCGGACUCCCCUGUGCCCCCAAGAGUUUAUAUACACCCUGAUUCUCUAGCUUCUGGAGAUACUUGGAUGAGACAGGUGGUCAGUUUCGACAAACUCAAGCUGACCAACAAUGAGUUGGAUGAUCAAGGACAUAUCAUUCUGCACUCUAUGCACAAAUACCAGCCUCGAGUUCACGUGAUCCGCAAGGAUUUCAGCAGUGACCUUUCGCCCACCAAACCUGUCCCUGUUGGGGAUGGAGUGAAAACAUUCAACUUCCCUGAGACUGUGUUUACCACAGUCACAGCCUACCAGAACCAGCAGAUCACCAGAUUAAAAAUUGAUCGAAACCCUUUUGCUAAAGGAUUCAGAGAUUCUGGAAGAAACAGUGAAACCAAUUGCGGCCUUAAAUCAGUCUCUGGCUCAAUGGUAUUCGCCUUUUAUUUUUCAGGGGGCAGCACAGGCACUUCCCCGACCACCUCCAGCACUGGGACACCAUCCCCUUCAGCUUCUUCUCACCUUUUAUCUCCAUCCUGUUCUCCUCCAACAUUUCAUCUGGCGCCCAACACUUUCAAUGUGGGCUGUCGAGAGAGCCAGCUGUGUAAUCUAAACCUCUCCGAUUAUCCACCCUGUGCCCGAAGCAACAUGGCGGCCUUGCAGAGCUACCCAGGGCUGAGUGACAGUGGCUACAACAGGCUCCAGAGUGGCACUGCUUCAGCCACUCAGCCCUCGGAAACCUUCAUGCCUCAGAGGACUCCAUCCCUGAUCUCAGGAAUACCGACUCCUCCCUCGUUGCCUAGCAACAGCAAGAUGGAAGCCUACGGUGGCCAGCUGGGGUCCUUCCCCACUUCCCAGUUCCAGUAUGUCAUGCAGGCAGGCAAUGCGGCCUCCAGCUCCUCAUCACCACAUAUGUUUGGGGGCAGCCAUAUGCAGCAGAGCUCCUACAACGCCUUCUCUCUCCACAACCCUUACAAUCUCUAUGGAUACAAUUUCCCCACUUCUCCUCGGCUAGCUGCAAGCCCAGAAAAACUGAGCGCCUCUCAAAGCACUUUACUCUGUUCUUCUCCUUCCAAUGGGGCCUUUGGAGAGAGGCAGUACCUGCCCACGGGGAUGGAGCACAGCAUGCACAUGAUUAGCCCUUCGCCCAAUAACCAGCAGGCGACUAACACCUGUGACGGUCGGCAGUAUGGGGCGGUCCCAGGCUCCUCCUCCCAGAUGUCCGUGCACAUGGUUUAAUGGCCGGUCCAAACACCACGGAGCCUACUGCCCUACACCCACAGGGCCCCAGCGCCUCCAUGGGCAGAUCCUCCUUUUUGGAAGCCCAAGCCUUUGAGAAAUGGGAACUGUGUAUUUUUUUUUUUUUUUUUCUGGAGGAGGAAAGCACAUACCCAAGAACAACAAAAGACAUUUAAGCCACUGAAGGAUACUUGUGGUAGAAUCAUCUCCGACUCAGUGGCCAUUCUCCUGCCUUCCCAAACCUUAGUUUUAUAAAGCAUUGUCUACUCCAGAGUGGCCUUUGAAGAAACUGAAUAAUCAUUUUAUAAUAAUGUUAAGGGAGAUGCUAGCAUGUAGCAGCCAUGAAAAGUUACCCCCCACACGAAUACAGACCUACUUAUACAUGCAUACCUACAUACAUACAUACGUGCAUGCAUGCAUACACACAUAUGUAUUCACACACAAACUCUUACACACACUGACAUACAUGCACACUGACUUGGAAGUGGGUGAACUCUGUGGAGGGGGGCCCCGGUGGGGGCUUUCACCAAGAAUGGGUCUACGUACAACACUAGAUUGGACUGGGCCAGCAGUGGCGGUCAACAUUUCUCCCCUGCAGCCUACCCUGUUUCUGGAAUGAACCGUGUAUCCUGGAGCCCCUUCUGGUCCAUGAAGGUAGACAAACAUCAGCACUACAACCGGACUUGGCUUCCUGAGAACGAUUGCUUUUGAACUUUGGCUCUCCUCACUCGGUGUGCUAUCGCUGAUGUUCCCGGGCGUGCCUGUGAAAAGGGAGUAAGAGCAGCCGAAGGAGAAAGGAAGAGAAGCAGUAAUGAGCAAGAGAGAGGCGGAGAGCGAGACUGAGAAAGGAAGUGUGAGCAAUGGUGAGAGUUGUAAUGCACCGAGGAAAUUGGUUUGUUUUGGUUCUCCACCCCCACCCCCCUACAGGUUCUAGAAAGAAUCGUGGCAUCACCGAGGAGGAAACCUCUCUGGGACACUGUGCAGAGUCAGGGCACUGGUGACAGGGACCCGGGCAAGGGAUGCACUUUGAUCCCGCAACUCUGACCACCGUGCUCCAGAAGAGGGGUGCCCUGUGUACGCAGUGCCAAUUCCAGAGCAUGCAGCCUGGCAGGGGAGGGGGACCGGAAGGAGUGUGAAGAAGGAAGGGUGUUAUAAUCCCGACAGAUGAUACCAAGAGCAGAGGCGACAAAUAGAGGCUUGGCCUUCCACAUGCCAGACCCAGACACCUGACCUGGAUCACCUGCCCCUUAGCCCCUGUGGCAUGAGAAAUCCGGGCACGUCCCAGGGAAUUGCAGAUGGGCCUUCUCCAUCCUUCCACCUGCCCUUAGAUCUCCAUUUUUAUCAAAUAGUUUAUUGCAUUUUGAAGUUUUGGGUUUUUUCCUUCAUCUCUCCUUUCCCCUUCAAGUCCUUUAAUGUUAAGAAAACAAGUGAAGUUUGGUGCAAGCUAAACUUUUUAAGUGGUGUGGAAAUGCAAAUAAUACCAAGUAAAAUAAUACAGAUAUUAUUAAGAUUUUUGGUUUUGAGGUGUUGUAGAUAAUGUAUUUAUGUGCCUAGUGGGGAAUCCAAUAUUAUGAAUAUUAAAAAAGGGGGCAAUAAAAAGGGUAUGUAAAAUAUGUAUGAAGUAAAGGUGUAUAAAAAAUUUGCCCUUAUGCACGGAACUCUGUUUCUAAGUGCCAAGCACAGAAAGCCGCUAAAUAAAAUCUUUGCAAUUGUAUUACA